ACAGAGGAGAAUUCAGUUACCCACGGACGCUCAGCUGAAGUGAAGAUGCGCGCUUAUCUGGCUCUGCUGGUUGCGCUUUCCAUCCCGGGAUAUCUGGAUGCGCUUCACGGAUUAUACGCCUUCGAUCAGCCCGAUGUUUUUCAGAAAAAGAGCAACUGUAAGCCUAUACCUACAAACCUGCUCCUGUGCCAUGACAUCGAGUACACAAACAUGCAUCUGCCUAACCUCCUCGGACACGAGACCAUGAACGAGGUUCUGCAACAAGCAUCCUCCUGGACCCCUCUGGUGAGGAAACAGUGUCACCCGGAUACCAAGAAGUUUCUCUGCUCUCUCUUCGCUCCGGUGUGUUUGGAUGACCUGGACGAGCCCAUCCAGCCGUGCAGGUCUCUGUGUGAGAGUGUGAAGAGCGGCUGCGCUCCGGUGAUGGCCGCUUUUGGGUUCCCUUGGCCGGACAUGCUGGACUGCAGGCGCUUCUCUCUGGAUAAUGACCUGUGCAUACCGCCUGCUGGCGCUGAUGCUUUAGUUCCAGUCACCAAGGAAGUUCCAAGAGUAUGUGAUGCCUGCAAAGAAAAGCCUGAGAAUGACAAUGAAAUUGUGGACAGCCUAUGCAAAAAUGACUUUGCUUUAAAGAUCAAAGUCAAGGAGAUCUCCUACAUGAAUGGUGACACCAAGAUCAUUCCAGAAACUAAGAGCAAGAUGAUCUACAAGACGAAUGGUGGCGUCACUGACCACGACUUUAGGAAGACGGUGCUUUGGCUAAAAGAUGGUCUUCAGUGUGUGUGCGAUGAACUAAAUGACAUCAAUGCUGCUUAUCUGGUGAUGGGCCAGAAGAUGGAUGGAAAUUUGGUCAUCACGUCGGUGAAACGCUGGCAGAAGGGUCAACGAGAGUUUAAGAGAAUUUCUCGCAGUAUUCGCAAACUUCAGUGCUAGAACUUGUCCAUUCAAAUUACUCAUGUGCUCAGAUAAUCUUGAAAAUGAACACCUGUAACAAUCACAACAUAGAUACAGGUGAAGGUUUAUUCAUGAGCCAACUGUCUGCUUUAGCAGUGGCAUUUUGAGAAAAGAAUGGUCAGAGCUCAGGAUUGGGAAUGGUGGAUAUUUCAAAAAGCACCUAGCAUAAAAUAGAUUCAGUCUCACCAGUUCGUUUUUCCUCAUGAGUUUUACUUUACCUGUUAUAUUUACUACAAAACUUGUUUGUUUAUUUCCCUCCUCUAGCAUAGUUAACCUUACAAAACGUAACAAAUUAAAUAAAAUAAAAGAUGAAAUUAAUGAGAUGUUAUAAAAAGUUCAUAAAGACAUCGUGAAUGCAAGUCAUUAUCCAGUUAUGUAAAUCCAGUUUAAUCCAUGUCUUUUGAGGAGAUAUUAUCACUUGAUGAACAAGCUUAUUUUAGGCUAUUAUUUGGAAAACAUGGAACUGGCAUAUAUAGCGGAACCAACCUCACUCUUAAACUCCAAAAAUACCCCAGGAUAUUAACAAUUUGAUCCAUAUUAAUUACUUUUAAACAAAGCAGCAAAGAUUUAGAUUUGAUAUCUCAACUUGCAUUAAAAAAAGACCUUUGUUAGUGUUUUAAAAAUGAAGAGAAUUUUUUAAUUAAAUAUUUUGGAAUAACAUGAGAGUAUUUGGUGACAGAAUUGUAAUAUUUGGAUUAAUGAACCCUUCAUUUGAUGUCAUUUAAAUCAACUGCGCUUCCAGCUUUGUUUUGGCAUUUGAGGAGGGUAUUUUUGUCCGUUUAUACAUCACAACACCACUGUACACAAAUUAAUGUGUAUGCAAAAUUGAUUUACUGAGCAUAACGUGAAGUAAAUACAAAGGUUUAGAUCUUGAACUUAAAGACAUACCUAAAAUGAAAAUUACCUUAUCAUUUAUUCCCCCUCAUGUGAUAUUAAACUGAGUUUCUUCUGUUUAACACAAAAGAAGAUACUUAGAAAAAUGCUUGCUGGCAGCCAUUGACUUCCAUAGUAAAAAAAAGCAUUACCAUGGAAGUCAAUUGGUGCCACCUACCAGCAUUUUUCAAAAUAUCAUCUUUUGUGUUCAGCAUAAGAAAGAAAUUCAAAUAGGUUUGAAGAGGUGAAGGGCAAAGGUAAAAUCUUGAACAUAAGAUUUUGAAAUGGAGCGAAUAUGAAAGAAGGUGCCUGAGAAUCAAAUACCUGUCAUUGGACAUAGACAGUAGUACAUAUCCUAAGCAAUUUUGUUGGGUAUACUUAUUCUUUUCUCAUAUCAAAUAUGAUCAAAAACAUGUUUUUCUUUAGCAAUCCAUUUUCUACAUGGAUCUGAAUCUGCCAACAGUGAAUAAGUGAGAGUGCAUGUGUGAGUAGUUUUGCUAAAAGUACUUUUUUAUCAGCACAAUGAGAUAGCUGGCUCUACUCUCAAUGUUUAAAAUAUCCCAAGUGACACUAGCAUAUGAAACAUGGUCAUGUAUGGUAACGUGAAUGUUUUCAUUUGUCCCCAGACAUCUUUUAAGAAGGUAAAAUAAUACAUGAUGCCUUUAACCCAGUGUUUUGCCUUCUUUCUACUUGAGCCUAAAUACUGCACUGUUCCUAUGUUAUAUCUACCCUUUGAAAUACAAUCAGUUGUUUUAUAUAGUUUUGGUUUAUCUAAAGUCAGUUUAGUGGUUUAUCUUCUUUUUGUUAUUAUACUCUAUGGGUCUGUCAUGCUUGCAUAGUUGCUUGCUGUUUUCCUUUGUUUAGGCUUGAGUACUUAGUAUUAGAGUAAAGUCACAUGCUGGUAAAACCACAGAGAAGUGCUUUUCUCUCAGUCUCAGUGUUGCACUGUUACAGCAAUGUUGAUUCAAUUGUAUUUUGUUGUGCAAACUGGUUAGGGAAAUAGGUCUCAUUAUAACAUCCAAACUUUUAUGAUACUCUGUAAAUAUUCAGAUUUUAUGCCUGUACAUAGUUUCAACACCUGUAGCAUUUGAUGUGUUCCUCGCAGUAGCAAUAUGUCAUCAUUUAAUUAGUGUUAAGUGCAUUUAUUAACACCCACCGCCAUGUAAUGUACAUUACUAUUACCAUUUAUGAUUUGUAUCAUUUGUCAUCAGCAGUCACACAAUACAAAGAGCAAAUAAAAUUCAUAAAGAUCAGAAA